CGGAGCUAACCAAAUUUCAUCAAAAUUACAAUACACUUUUACAUUGGCAUACAAAUUCUUUUUUUUUUUUUCUGAAGCUAGCACAGUCCUAUUUCCGAAAAGUGAACUCUAUCAGCAUGGAAGAGCAGCCAUCGCAACCGAUUAGAAUUGAGCGAGACAGCUCGGGCGUCAUUGGGAAUGGGCUGGACGUGGCACCGGGCACAGCGGCCCGCGCUGGCACCGCCAUGCCCGAGGAGGGGCCCAGCGUAUCGGGGGUCCAUUUGCUGUUGAUGUGCUUGGACUCGGAGCGCCAUGUGACGUUCCAGGAGGGCGUCAUCGAUAACGAGGGCAUGAAUCGUCGCAAAUCGAAGUGCUGCUGCAUUUACCGCAAGCCGCACGCAUUUGGCGAGAGCUCCUCGUCCUCGGACGAUGAGUGCGAGAACUGCUGCGGCCAUCCCGAGGUGCGUCAACGCAAUCGCCUAAAGAAGCAGCAACAGCGCUGCCUGUGCCGCUGUCAUCAUCAAGGCCUGCCAGCCGGCUAUGUCGAGGAGCCCAUCAGGGCCACCGAGGCAGUGGGCCGCUCGAGCACUGUCGUCCGAGCCAGGACGGAAUCGCCAGUACAGCCGCAGACCCUCAUUAUGGCCGGCUCCAAUACUGGCCAGCAAUAGGCUUCUGGCCAAUCCCCAGCCAGCACUACCCGACACAUUGGCCCACCCAUUGAACCAGCCCAGCCCCACCGCAAUAGAACCAUCAAACCCGUCCACAGCCCUCGCCGGCAGCCGACUGAUUCAUUCACUCAAUCUAUGUCCCAGAUCUGGCAGACAUUCCACUAGGAGCUGGCGCGGCUUCCGUUCCUUUGGCUACUCAACUGUUUAGUACUCGACUAAUUGUAUAGUUUUCUAUCAAUUGUAAAAUUUAUGAUUUAGUAGUAACACUUGACUCUGAACAUGUACAA